GGUGGUGUGCUGAGCCCAACACACGACAUCUGCCUCGGCAAUAUUGUUGUGAGUAUGCCCGACAGUUCGUCCGGUGGAGUAGUUCAGUAUGACCUAGGGAAGGAUGAAGAGGAUGGCUUCUCCCUUAAUGGAUUCCUCUGGCCACAUCUGGCCUCUUCGAAAUCUAGAGGACUAUUCAACUUGGCGACUAUUAUUACUGUGCGAUGUUUCCAGGGCAAGUGUGCAAGAUGCACUCGUUGCUCGACAUUGCGCCGAGAUAGCGAUGCUGAAUAG